GAGAGGAAGAUAAAGUAGAAGUCCUCUUUUUUCUUACAGUGACGCUGCCUUCCUUUUCUUCGUCCGAUCUCUCUUGCCUCUUUCGAUGGCAGAUGACAGGGAGUAGCUAUGGAGGAAGUGUGGCAGAGCAAAUGCAGCUCCGGCUGGCCGGCGCAGCCGUCUUCACCAGCGGCGGCGGGCUCCUAUACUCAGAUUAAUAUGAACGCACAACAAUUUUAUCCUCCUAGAGUGAUGCAAGCUGCUAAUCUUGGGGACUGUCAAAUGUCACAACAACCAUUUCUUCCUUCUUCUUUUAACUCCGAUUUGGGCAAAUCUGGUAACUCUGAGACGGGCAAUUCAUUCCUUGCACUUCUGUCUGGCAAUUCAAAUCAUUUAUCAGGAGAACUUCUGCACUGCCCCAAUUCAAGCUUAGGGCUGGCCAAGCUUCCUAUUUCUAACGGCGACACCUUGGGAAGGUCUACAAGUCACAGUUUCUCAGCAAAUUGCAUUUCACCCUUAUCAAAAAUCCAUUGCAGUGAUGCAAUCUUUAAUGGAAGCCUUUCUUCCUUUAUUGCAUCUUGGCCCUUAUUCUCAACUAGUUCCAAGGCCCUUGAUAUGCAGGACUGUAAACCACUUCGCUCUCACUCUCAUAUUUUAGGCUCUCGCAAAGCUGUCACCAGACACUCUUCUGAAGAUGGUAGUGGAGGCAUGGGAGUGCAGUCAAGGAGAUGCAGCUCUCCUCCUCUAAGUAGCUCUGCCAUUCUGCAUCAGAAUAGUCCGUCAUCUCAAAAUUCUCCAUCCGAUGCUACCGUUCAUGGCUUUAUUCCUUUCUCAAACUUUUUUAUGGGGCAUCCACGCGUGUUGUGCAUGAAUACCACUGGAGAACUUUUUCUGAAUGACAUGGGAUUUUUGGAAGUUUUGUGCUCCUGUCAUUGUUUGCCCAUGUCAGUGGCAAAAUUUUGUCAGCAUUCAGGUUUGUCUUCAGCAAACCCUGGUGAGGCUAUAAGAAUGGAAAGCGGAAUGGCUCUUGCACAAUGGUGCAAAAUGUGCUUUGGGAAUUUGGCUUCAGGUGAUCUCAGAGGAUUGGAACAGUCAAAAUAUUCCUCUGUGGAACGUUCUUCUUUUGGAUCAAAAUAUUCCAGUUUUCAUUCCUUGUCUAAGAAUCAAGGAGCAGUCAACUCGGUUGAGUCAUUAGAUGGGUUAGGGAGAUCUGAAGAGCUUAAAAAUAAUCUAUAUUCUUAUCUUCCUAAUUUGAUGGGACAUACUUCUAUGGAAAAGCCAGUGCAAAAUGAUAUGAAUUAUGAGCAUGAAAAGAGAAACUUAGUGGUCAAUGGUCUUCAUAGAAUUGGUAUCGAAGGUUUAGCACCUGUUCCCAUCCCAGUGAUAUCUGAGAACAAUAGUUUACAUGCCGUGAAGCGGACUUCUGAAUUCAUGAACAUGAAGACACAACAUUCAACUUCAAAUGGCCAAGGGAAAAAUGUUGUUACUCAACUAUUUUCUAAUGAUAUCAUAUUCCCAGGGAACUCUGGAAAUGCAUCUUUUUCAGACACGCCUUUAGGACCUAAGAACUUUUUUCGCCGUGGCAGCGAUAGUACCCAAUCUAACUCAUCAAAUGAAGCAUUUGGUGUGGAAAGGAGUGGAUGUGAUCUGUGCCUCGGGCAACCAUCUCAGCAUAAGCAUUCUUCUAAAAGUUUCUCUUCAACAGCUAUGAAUUUAUUAUUGCAGAACGCAUGUGGGUCCCGAAAGCUCCAACAACAAAACCAAUUGUCUGAUAAAAAUGAUUGUGUCAGGGAAGUAAAGAGGGCAAGGCUGAAUCAGUCAUAUCCUCUUAUAGAAGCAUCAUCCACUGAUAAUAGAGGACCGGUACCUGCUGGAUUUCGAACUACCACUCCUCUACACAACUCUGAGUCAGAAGAUCUUCUGACCUAUGCUAAGGACUCAUCAAUCUCGUUGUUUCUCUCACACCUUACUGGAGGAACGGGCUUAUUAGACAUAUCUAACAAACUGCAUGAUGGAAUAAGUAGUAUGACAAGUUCUAUUCAUAAUGAUUUGCUAUCUUCUAAAGAAAACAAUUCUCUACAUACUGGGAAUGAAAUUAGUGAAGCUGGGAAGGCACCCUCCUUUAGCGAGUUUGAUUAUUUUAAUGUUAAAGGAAACCCCUCUGUUGUUAUCACUGAUAAUGGUUGCAAUAUAGUGGGAAGUAAGAUAAAUAGUAAGCAGAUUGAUGAUAGAGGAGUUGGUCCCCCUUUUAUUAGUGGGCAGUGCUUUCACCAUUGUCCUGUGGGCAUGGGAAAGUCGUCUUUGUUUUCUAGUAAAUCAUUGAGAAGCUUUCACCAGGGAACUAAUGCUAAGAACUCAAAUAAACUGGGAAACCUGUUUACCAUUGAUGAUGGGUGUCAUCAUAACCAUGGUUCUGAGAUUCAAGCCUCCCAUCGGACAGGUUUAUCUGAUUGCCGACAUUCAGAAGCCCCACAAACUUGUUCAUCUAUAAACUCCAAUUAUAUUUCAGAAACAAGUUGUUCGUCAUGUAAACGUGACAUAAACUUUUCAAACCACUUGAUGGAUGGGAAUUUAAGGGGGUCAGCUUCUGCAAGGCAUGAAAGCUUGAUGGCUAAAUGUAAACAAUUAAGUAGCUCAUUUAAAAUGAAACAGCAUGAAAGACUUUGCUGUCAUUCAGCAGUGGAACCACAAUGGAAUACAUGCUCUGAUUUCUUUGUGGACCACAAGGAUGUAAAUUAUUGUGAGAUUCAUAAAAAUGCAUCAGACUUGUAUUCAUUGCCAAAUUGUGACUGUAAUAAUCAUUUUGGGGCUUCUCAUUGCAAAUGUGAUUCAGCAGCUGCAAACAAAUGCUGCACCCUUGCGGCUUCGAUACAAAGCAAGACUCCAAGCUCAGCGUUUUCUUCUUAUCAUAUUUGUUGUUCUGAUCACCAUAUUUGCUUUAGACCAAGGGAUAUCUUGAUUGAUACAUCUUUAGAUAAUGUUCAGCAUGAAAUGUGUAUCCACAAGGCAGGAAAUCAUCCGGUCUCUGGAAAUUGUUGCUGUGCUAUCAUAUCCAAAUGUCAGUCAGGUGGUUGUUCUAGUAGGGGGGCUGUAAGCGCUGCUGAUACCAUCAAUGAUCCAAGUGUUAAUGGGAAAUUAAAGCGCCUAAAUCCAACCCUUGAUGUGGAUGAGUCAUUUCAGAAAGAAAGAAUGGUUGGACUAGAUCAAUGUUCAUGCUUUAAGAAAAUGGCUGUCAUGCAAAACAAUUGCCAGACUGGUUUCUGGAGGGAUGUUUCAGGUAACAUUAUAGGAUAUUCUGCUGCUCCUCCUGACAAUCUUGUAAAGGGCUCAGAGGUCCCUAGAGUUGACAGACUGACAGAGACUGCAACUAAAAAGUCAUACACAACUUUUGAAGCAUCCACAUCCUUGGAUGAAGGACAGAUGUCCAACUUUUCAGGAUCUUCUGCUCCUGUAAUAACUGAAGUUUCAGUUGAAGUCAACAAGAAAGAAGCCCAGGUUUCAAAUAUUGACCCUAUCAUUAUUUUAAAUUAUUCUGAGGUUGAUGAAGGAUCAGCAGUUGAGAAAUGCAGUUCCUCUAUUGAAAUGCUUGACACUGGAAAAUAUAAAGAAGUCCCUGAUACAUUUUGCAGGGUCUUAGCUAGUAAAUCUAGGCAUGACCACAUGCCAAGCCAUUCAUCCGCUAAUAUUAUGAAUGAGUUUAAAAUUAAAGGCUCAUCCAAUCAAAAGAGUGCAGGAAAUAGCAUUGGUAGAUUGACAGAUCAAAAAAAUAAUUGUCGGAGAGCUCAGUUAACUAGUGAUCGGGAAUUGGGGAAUAGAAAGGAAUCUUCCAAACCUUUUAUGUUGGACAAAACAUUUUGUAGAUCAGUUUUCCAUUUUGCACCUUCCAGGCCUCUGGACUCCGUUGUUGAAGCAAAGUGUAUACAAUCAUCAAAACGGGAUGGAGUUUCUAUGCAUCCUGAAAAUGUUGUUGAAAGCACUGACGUAGUUUCUAGCGGAUCCUUCAACAUGAAGCGAAAGAUAUCUGAUUACGCCUCCCCCAAAUUCAUAUCUUUAAAGAAGUUGGGGAACCAAAAUUUGCAGUUGAAAAAUAUUAAACAACCUACUGAUAAAUCAAAAUUUUCACUUGCAAUGGCAGGGAAAAUUAAUUUUACUUUACAUAAGAAGAGCCAUUCAUAUCAGAGGUUGAAUUAUCUAAAUGGUGAAAGACCACCAAAGUAUGUGUCAUUGAGUUCUAUAGUGGACUCUAGGAACGAUGAAACAGAAGCUUCAACCAUAAGUAAAAGGCCAGUUGUUUGUGGAAAUUCUGGUAUCAUUUCAAGUGGAGAAAGGAAUGCUCUGCAAAAACCUGCUAAAAUAGUUCCGCUUAACUUGGUUCUUAAAAAGGCUAGAAGAUGCAAGAGCAAUUGGGAAGUUAAGCAUAAAAUUUCUCUAUUCUCAAAAUUGGAAUCUGCUGAUGAAAAGGACCUGCGAUGCAGUGAGUUGUCCUCUUUCAAAUCAUCGGAUGACAGUGGGAAUCCAUAUUUUGGUAAAAGUGGAGUAGCUUCAGGCAAACUUUCCAUGUCAGAAUCUCAAUUAUCAGAUUUAGUUCUUGGGAAAGCUAUAAAAGGUGCUUGGUAUGCUAACAUAAGAUCUAGAAGCAUUUCCGAGAAUAAAGUCGGUAUUAGCAAGCAGUGGCAAAUGAACAGAAGAAGCCGUAGUGUGCUCUUUUCUGUUGACGGAGAAGCAUUGUGUUGUGUUUGUGGAAGCUCAAACCAAGAAGAAAUCAAUUGUUUGUUAGAAUGCAACCAGUGCAUGAUUAGAGUGCACCAGGCCUGUUAUGGUAUUUCAAAAUUUCCUCAGGUUCUUUGGUAUUGCCGACCUUGCAAGACAAACUCUCAGAACAUUGCUUGUGUUCUUUGUGGUUAUGAUGGAGGAGCAAUGACGCGGGCACUGAGAAGCACAAAUAUUGCAAGAAGUCUUUUGAAAGUCUGGAAAGUUACUGUUGGAUCCACUUCAAGGAAAAUAGUUUUUCCACAUGAAAAUAUGAAGGAUGAAGUUUUGAAUGAAAGUUCAAUUGAAGCAGAAGAAGCUGAAUAUGAUGAAUAUUCUUUUCUUCCUCCUUUUGGGUCGAGAAGCAUUGAAGCCUGUUCGGAAGAUGCUGCUGACAUAGAUGAGGGCAACCGGAAGAGUACUAUUCAAGAAACAUAUUGUUCGGCAGAAAAUGUUAAUCUGAAUAACAGUAUUAUUAGAGGAGCAUGUGAUUCAUCUGUUACACAAUGGGUGCAUGUAGUUUGUGGGCUUUGGACUCCCGGUACACGAUGCCCAAAUGUUGACACAAUGAAUGCUUUUGAUGUGUUUGGUGUUUCAAUCGCUAGUAAAAAUAUUGUCUGUUCUGUGUGCUGCCGCCCUGGGGGUUCGUGCAUAAAGUGCAGAGUUUCCAAUUGCACGGUCCAUUUCCAUCCUUGGUGUGCGCACCAGAACGGUUUAUUACAAAGCGAGAUUGAAGGUGAAGAUAAUGAAAGAGUUGGCUUUUAUGGAAGAUGUGUACUUCAUUCCAGGAAAAACUAUCAUCAUACUGAAAGUCAGCCUAUGGAUGUGGAAGCACCAUGUCCUCGAACAAAUGAGUGGGCUUGUGCUCGUACAGAGGGAUUUAGAGGCCGUGGGAAAGGCUUCAGCCUUUACCAUCAGAAGUCAUCUAAUGAUAGAGAUGGUUGCAUUGUUUCUCAAGUGCAGAUAAACGCAUGGCUUCACAUCAACGGGCAGAAAUCAGGCAUGAGAGGUGUAAAACCAGCAUGUUCUGAUGUUGAGUAUGAUCUUCGGAAAGAAUAUAUUCGAUACGAGUUGUCAAAAGGGUGGAAGCGUUUGGUUGUGUACAAGUCUGCCAUUCAUGCUCUUGGUCUUUAUACAUCCCAAUUCAUAGCCCGAGGAGCUAUGGUAGUUGAGUAUGUGGGUGAGAUUGUGGGCCUUCGAGUUGCUGAUAAACGAGAAACAGACUACCAGUCAGGAAGGCGACUACAAUGCAAAAGUGCAUGUUACUUUUUUAGGAUUGAUAAGGAGCAUAUUAUAGAUGCUACUCGAAAAGGGGGCAUUGCUCGAUUUGUAAACCACUCAUGUCUGCCAAACUGCGUCGCCAAAAUAAUUUCCAUCAAGAAUGAGAAGAAGGUUGUCUUUUUCGCUGAAAGGGACAUUAACCCUGGGGAGGAGAUUACUUACGACUACCAUUUCAACAGGGAGGAUGAAGGGAAGAAAAUACCUUGUUUCUGCAAUUCCAAAAAUUGUCGUAGGUAUCUAAACUAGGAGGGUUUCUUUUGGAACUCAGAAUAUUGUUAGGCUGAUAGGUUCACUCU